UUUUUUGUUAUCCUUUGGUGCUUCACUUUCUUGUUAGCCUUUGAUGGUUCACUUCCUUGUUACGCUUCCAUAUUUUAUCCUUCAAUGCCUCACUUGGUUGCUACGCUUUCAUUUCUUUCUUCCAUGCUUGACUUUCCUGUUAUGCUUUCAUCUCUUUUUCGGUACUUCACUUUUGUUAUCCUUUUCUAUGUUUUCCUGGGCACAUCUCUUUCGUGUUAUGUUCUAUUACGCUUUCCUUCAUUGCUUCGCUUUCUUGUUAUUUUUUCAUUUGCUUUUUUCUCGACGCUUCACCUUUUUACUAUGCUAUCCUUUGUUUUUCUUCGCUGCUUCACUUCCUUGUUAUGCUUUCUUUUUUGCUGCUUCACUUCCUCAUUUGUUUUCCUUGGCUCUUCACUUUUUAAAUAUACUUUCAUGUACUUCUCUUCGACGCUUCACUUUCGAGUUAUCCUUCCUUUGUUUCCCUUCGAUGCUUCGCUUUCUUACGUUGUUUUCAUUUGUUUUCACCCUUUUCUUAUUAUGGCUUUCUUUUCUUAUUAUAACUUCCUUUGUUUCUCUUUGUGUGUGUGCUUGUAUGUGUGUGUUUUGUUUUCCUUGCUAUACUUUCGUUUGUUUCCCUUCUGUGCUUCUCUUUCUUAUUAUGCUUUCAUUGUGUGCUUCCAUUUCUUUUUUUUUUUUUUUUUUUUUUUUUUUCUUCAGUGCUUCCCUCCUUGCCAUAUCUUACAUUUGUUUCCCUUCUGCUUUUCUUUCUUAUCAUAUUUUCAUUUAUAGGUGCCGACAUUUCUUACAUAUCUUUUUGUUUGUUCUUUUCCCUCGCUUUACUUCUUUGCUAUGCUUCCGUUUGUUCUUUCUCGACUUUCCCUUCCCCUUUCUCUCUCUCUUUCUCUUUUUUUUUUCUUACUUGCUUUCACUUACUCUUCCUAUGUGCUUCUCUUCCUUAGUUUAUUUUCAUUCGUUCUUUCUCGGUGUUCCUUUCUCUUUCUUAUUUCUCUUUCCUUUGUUGGUUACUUGCCGCUUCCCUUCCUUACCUUACUU